AUGGGACACUGUUAUAGCCACGCCUACUUUGAUCUCCGAAGCCCACAGAGCGCUGAGCAGCUGAGCUCCAUGAAAGAUAAACUUGAUCAAGAAUACAAAAGAAGAAUUCUAGCCGAGUUCGCUUCUAAUGCCUUCUCCAUGAAUAUUCCUAUUAAUAAUGUUUUUAAUGGUGCCUUAAACGCUACUGACCUCAAUGGAUUAGGUGUUCCUAUACCUAUUUCGAACAUUCCUAUCACGACCAGCACUCUGUUAUCAUGCCUCCCACCCAGUACAACGUUCAUGUCGAGCACUACUCCUUCAUCGGUUCAUCAUCAUGUUGCUGCUCAGCCGUUGCAAUUCAAUCCAAGUCUUCCAUCUACAAGUCAUUCGGAGCUUGCUCUUCGAUACUUAUCAGCUUUCAACUCCCAUCCAGCUCCUCAACCUAUCGAAGAAAUUCCUCCAUACACUAACGUCAUGGAUAAUGUGUUUCGACAAUUCAAUCGUAACGUCCUAGCUGCUCAAGUUCAAUCUGGUAUGCUUCUCAAUGCGGGAAUCAGCGCCAAGACAUCACUGCCCAAUCUAGCUCAACCACAUCUCUAUAAUCCAAAUCUCUUUUCUACAAAAGUCGCUUUCCCCUUUGCUUCUACUGUGCCCAGUCCCAGUGGCAGUUCUAGUUCCAGCUGCAAUGCAUCAGAAAUUGACUCAUUAGAGGAUAGGCUUGAUGAUAUUCCCAUGCGUAAGAAGGAGCGUGCAGCAUUAGUACCAUCGCCUGAUGCACCUAAUGCUACUCCAACUCUAGUCAGACUGCCAAAACGACGCAAAGCACCACGUGCGAAACCAUUCGAGAAUUUCCAAUUUCAAGCGCCAGAAACGUCGGGAAGACCCUUUGAUGAUUCUAGGAAUCCAUUUAUUAAUGGGCAACACAUUAUGAAAGCUGAACGCACAGAGACAUCUCCACCAUUCUCUCAAACCAUUCCAGCUGACUUUAGGUUCUUCGAUCAAGAUAUGGAUCACGAAAACGAUGUUUCGCACGUUCCCACAAUUGUUCCGCAUCAGAAAAAGUUCAAUGCUAGUACAUCGCAAGAACAAAGAACAGAGAGUAGUAUCUCUCCCAGCCAUGCAGUUCCUGUAAACUCGUCUGGAUCCCAUUCACCUGAACUAAACGUAUUUGCUUUUGGAGAAACAGUCGAAAAACGCAGAAAACUGAAUGACGUCCCACAUGCCUUCAACGAGAGCGGAAAUGUGAAGAGCCAAGUAGGAAGAGUUACCGAGGAUACCAUGUCUAAGAACUUCUUUCACAUACUGAACACCCCUGCACUCUUCCAAGAGCUGCUGAAGUCACCUGCAUUUCUCAGUUCCGAUUUGGCUAAACAGCUUUUGGACUCAGCCCUUCUAAGCCAAUCAGUGGCUGCACCGAACGCCCAGACAACCCAGCCGUCUAAACCAGCUAAUCCAACCUUUGCUAUACCAACGGCGCCAGCGGUUAAAUCCACCUGGACCUCCCAAGCCACGGUUGCAGACUCGUCUACCAAGCAGACCACCUCUAAGCCAGUGAAGCCUAAGCUCAAAUGCCGUAAACGCAAGAUUAGUCCUCUGUUUCUGUUGAAAAACGCUGUUGAUAAGAAGAGACGAAACAAGAAGCGCUCGUUCAAGUCCGUCAACAAGACUCAGGAUUCAAGAAAGUCAGUUGAAGCUUCGAAAAUUCCAGACGACCCCUCAACCACCGUCAGCACGGAUAUUUCCGUCGAUAUGCAACCCGUCGUAGAAAACACUGCGGAUGUUCCGACGAAAACAUCAGUAGCAGCUCCAGUAGCAGCUCCAGUAGCAGAACCCACCACUCUUGUUGAGGAUCCAAUUCUGAAUGUCGGAUCAAAUUGCGGAACUGGAGAGACGGAUGAAGACGAAAAUCAAAUGGACGACGUCAUCAUAGUGAAUGAAACACAAGUUAUUAAGGAUUAUGAUUCUGAUGAUGAUACCUAUCUUGGAAACGGAAAAAGAAGGAGAAAUGUUUGCGCAAGUUUCAUGCGACCCGCAAGAGAAGCCCAGCUCGAGGAAGAACGACAAGCAAAAGCAGGACCGAAAAAGAAGAUUAUUCUAACACCGGAUUUCUUCGAAGACAUCGUUGUGAAAGGAAGAAAAGCCAGAAGCUUCCCUAUCAAUAAAGCGGCUGUAGCAAGAUCCGUGAUCAAGAAAACAUCAACUGCGAAAAGAGGUCGACCCAAAAGGAUGGCAGCGGUGGUUGCAGCUGCCGCUGUACGCACCGAAUCAGUUCCAAUACGAAAAAGAAAAGGACAGGUUGCUGUAGGAACAUAUACAGCUCAAGAUGAAGUAGAUACUGAAGGUAACACAGUCGUUACCCACGACCCCACUCUGAGUUGCGGAAGUGCCGACGAUUGCUCUCAUCCGGAUCAACUCUCUCUAGCUUGGAUUCGCUGUGAUUCUUGUUCAACGUGGUUCCACCGCAUUUGUAUCCAAUUUCUGGCUAAUAUCCGAGUCUUAACUAAUGAUCUGUUCGUUUGCGGAUGCACCACCAGCACUCAUGAAGUCUUGUUCAUGAGGAGUUUCUGUUCCGGCCGCAAGGUAGCCACGCCCCCGUUAAUAGAAAAAAUUGUGAAAAUCACUAACAUCCAAAUCGCUCUUAGAGCAAGAGCUGCUACAACUGGCGAAGAUCCUAACAAGUUCGAUAGUUCAGUGUUACGAGCAGACCUAGACGAAAUAGAAGAAUUUUUGAAUAGCCAGCCUGAAUAG